AUGGCAUCGUACUACAAUACUCCGCCGGUGCAAAGGGGGGCGAUUUAUCUGCGUCUGCCUGUAGAUGAACCUCCGCCAGAAAUGGUUCCGUACGAGCUUAGGCGCUACAUCUCUACUGAAGCCUGGCAAGCUCGAUUGAGGGCUGUCCUGCGUAAAGGCUCUCGCUACUGCAAGCCCGCAUUUGAUACCAUCUGGGCGAUCAUCACCUUCAUCCUUACACUUGCAGCACCCAUUGCAAUCUACUUCGUCAUGCUGGACGUUCUACCACACCCGCAAGAGGUCGUCUUCGAUUUCUGGCCGUACGGCUGGACGGACGAGAGCCGCUACUGGAAGGCGCGCCUGAUCGCCCUCGGAGUGUUCUUCGGAGUGGUGCUCUUGUCCGUUGUUCCCAUGUUGUUGUGGAAGCUCAGUGGAAAAUCUUCAGUCAACAAAAUGCUGCAGAAGUUCGAAGCCGAAGACCGCGCAGUGCGAGAUCCCGAUACGCAGAUUCCGACGUACCGGAUUCGGAUGCCUGGUAUAGGACACAGUGCACUGAAUCUCAAAAUUACUAUGCCGCCUGCACCGAUGACCAACACCACGUCUUUCCAGCCCGGCUCACAGCCAGCUCCCUUCGUCGUGAACCCACCAACUGACCCGUCCGCGGCGGCCUACCCGUACUACACUCAGCCCGGCCAAGCACAGUUGAACGUGCCCCUCGACGGCGUCCCCCUGUACAACAACUUUGAUGAGAAAAUUCCCGAUUAUUCCGGCCCGACCAUACAUUACGUGCCGAUCGACACAAAGGGCAGCGCUACGUUUGAAGAGGGUAGGGUGUAA